CGUCACAGUGGAAGGCGGCAAAACAGUAGCGCUUACAGUUCGUGCAGGGUGACAGAAAACGUUCAAACUAAGUGGCAGCGUUUCAACUUCAAAAUGGUGAAAAGCUGCUGUGUGCUUAGCUGUAAAAACACUUUCACCAAAGACUCGGAUCUUUCUUUUCAGAGGAUACCGAGAGACCCGGAAGCGAGGAGGAAAUGGCUCUCUGCGAUCCGGAGAAACAACUGGAACCCAGGCGAAGAUACCUGGAUCUGCGGUUGCCAUUUUGUGUCAGGGAAAAGGAGUUAUGAUCCCCGGCACCCCGACUUUGUGCCGAGUUUGUUCCAGUACACCACCACCGCUGGUCGAGUCCAGGCUGUCAAGCACCUGAAGGGUUACCUACAGAGGAAGUCGGUCGCCAAGAAAAAUCUGCUCGCCUGCACAAAUAGAGAGGUGGCUGCCAUGCCUGACCUGAGCCUGCAGCGAGUUUCCGCAUCAGUGAUAGAGGCACACAAUGUUCAAUUCCAAGUCAUCGAGAUCCAGAUGGAGAGGGCCCCCGCUGACAUCACCCCCUUAAUUGAACGAGUCGAAUCGCUGAAUGCUGAUGUGAUUAAAGAGGAGCCACACGAUGGGAUCACCUCUUUUCACCACCAGCUUCAAUCUUUAAAUACUGAAGUCACAGGAGUAGAGACACACCCUGACAUCACCUCUUUACAUGAUCAGACUGAACCUUUAAAAGGUGGAAUCAAGACGGAGGAGGAGCACAUGGACAUCGCCUCCUCACAUGGACACAAUCCGUCUCUAUGGGCUGAAGUUAAAACCGAAGACACAUCCACUGAAUUGGACUCCCUACAUGUUCAGUUUGAAUCUAUGCAAGAUGAAGUGAAGACAGAGAACCAUGUGGACGUCGCCCCCUGGUGUGGACAGGUGGAACCUUUAAAUGCUGAAGUGAGAACAGAGGAGACGAACGGCGACGUCGCGUCUCUGCAUGAACGGAUUCGGUCUCUGAACGCCGAGUGUCAGUCUCUGAGGGAUAAAGUUCACCGACUAGAAAACAUGGAGUCAGUGCAGGACGUCAUCAUGAAGGCCGUCCCCAGACUCAACGAGCGGGAUUAUCAGGAUCUAAUCGCACAUCUGGCCGGCAUCGGUGUGAAGACAGAAUGUGGUAUACAGCUUGUUACCUUUAAAGAGUUAAAAGAUAUCGUCCCACUUCUUGGUGGCCAAAGACUCGUCAACGUCCUCGGGAACAGAGGCAGUAAAAAUGUUACACCUGGCAAGCUAAACAACUCUAAGCCAGGCUCCUCAUGUUCUAACAUAUCACCCAUCGCCCCUAUUCAGAGCAAUGACUGGGUGUCGUCGUAUCAUGUCCCAUGGGAGAAAAUGAGUCCACAUUUGCGACAAUGUGUCGCACAAGGCAAGCGACCCAGGAAGCAGGACCAUUUGGCCAUGGUGAGAAUCAUUGUGGAUUCAAUCCGUGAAUUAUGCUUGAACCCUUCCAGAGGCCAGUGUUCACAAAUCGCUAAAGGAAUCACUGACAAGUACCCCCAAAGCUUUGCUGAUCUAACACGGGAAGGAGAGUGGAUUGGCUGUGGUUAUGGCUCCUUGUUGAAGAAGAUAAAAUCGAGGGUUGAAAAUUUAAACCGUGACAACAGACAGGUGAGAGUUAGAAGAGUGAAACAUCGACGGAUUGAUGACCGCAAGGCUGUAUCCAGCAUCAAGGCUUCAGCGUCAGAGUGUUCAAAAAUGGAAAGUUAUGGCUGCACCCUGAUGGCUAAGAAUGCCAGGCAAAGUACAUGGUCAGCCGGGCUACUGGCAGGAGGAUCCACAGGAAGAUCUCCAGCCUCAACGACCAUGUGGCAACUCUCAUCAGAGAGAUCGUGGACUUUGUCUGACGGCAUCCCUGAAACCCUCAGACAGUGACACAGACAACACUAUUGUUAUUCUUUUUUAUGCUGGUGGUCAUCCUUUUCUGCAUGAACAAGAUAAAAAAACUACUCUGCUCUUUAAAUGUAUUCCAUGUUGAUGACUGACCGGCCAUAGCGCACACACAUUACACCUUGCACCACUCUUUUCACUCUCUCUUUUGUGCACCUGAUUUUUGUCCGUUUGACAGUAACAGGUGGAGGGCGGGGCUUAAUUUAUGUAACAGGCCAAACCAUUUUGGAAUGGAGGGAAAGUUAAAGUGUCUUUGACCACUUUGUAAAGUUACAUUAUGAAAACAAUAACAUGACAUGCUUUGUUUGUGCAGCCUCUACUGGGAACGAGUGGAAACUAAUCUAUGUUGUAGCAGGACAAGUUGCUACAGGGUGGCACACAGCAAUGCAAUGCCGACUUCCUUACCAACUGGAAGGCUAAUCGUCUUUCUUUAAUCCCUAAUGUACUCCUCUUUUUUUUGCUAUAUCUUUAUCAACCGUGAGAAAGUGGGAAGUACUCAUCCGCAAAACUUGUAUCCCAGAAGUUGAUAGAUGCCAUAUUGUGCACGGAGCGGAUUGCAUUGUUGUGAAGAGAUGUGGUCUCACACAUUUCUAAGUUGCCCUCAGGAACCUGGGGUAAUUUAUCUUUACACGAUCAAUCAUUUUGAUGAUCAAAUGAAUAAAGCAUCUUCAGACAGGACAUAUGUUAAAGUAAUUAUUUAUUGGGUAUGGUUUCUUUACAGAACCAUAUUGUUAGUAAAUUCCCAGUAAAAACUGAUAGUACUGUUAUUGGAAAUACAGUGAUGCAGCUGUUAACAAACAGCAGUACUAUUGUUAGGACCUCUUCAGUAGCUCCCAGCUGCUGUAAAUGACUAUAGAAUUGACAACUUUUUUACAGUGCAGGGACAGGAUAGUGCAGACGGGCCAACUUUUAUAGUACAUUUAAAUUAAUUUGCAUAUAUUUCCAAUAUUAAAAAAAAGCAUUUUAGGAUCCUCAAAACCCUUUUUGUAGUAAUGAGCUCCAGAAACAGAUAUGACAUAAAUACAGAAUUAACCCAUCUAUGUGUUAAUGAGCCACCUUCAGGAUUUAGCUACUAAAGCUUAACAACUAGCUGAGCUGAAAUUACUCCACAAUGAUGGAACUUCCUCACAAUGUAGUUUUGAUGUUAAACUCAGUGGUUCUCUUCAACAUACAACGUGAAUAAAAAUCACUUUUACGACAAAAACAAUCGUUUAUCAAUAUAUUGUAGCAAAGAUUUAUACAAACCACCAAAUACGGGACAGGAAAGUGUAGAUGGGCCACUUUGUAGUAUGUUGUUAAAACUUCAUGUACCUAAAGUGUUUAGGUCUCUCACUGCCCCUCAUGUCGUAAAAAGUUUAAAAUUAAUACAAAAAACACAAAUAAUUAAGUUGACUGUUGGUCAGGGAUCUACACCUCCAAGAUGAAUGAGGGAGCUAUGAUUAAGAAAUGCAUGA